CCAGUGCGUUGCAGCAAGCAAGCCAAGGCACAGAGAGAGAUAGCUAUCUCGCACUCAUUCGAACGACGAAUCCGAGAGGAGGAGGAGGAGGCGGCGGCCGGCGAUGUUCGCGCCGGCGGCCGCGGCGAGGCCGCACAAGCAGGCGCCGCUGGCGCGGGUGCCCACGCGGCUGGUGGCCGCGCUCUGCACCGCCUGCUUCUUCCUCGGCGUCUGCGUCGUCAAUAGAUAUUGGGCGGUUCCUGAGCUUCCCGAUUGCCGAACCAAGGUGAAUUCGGAUAAUCCGGGGGCUGUAAUGAACCAAGUGUCACAAACUCGGGAAGUCAUCAUAGCUUUGGAUAGAACAAUAUCUGAAAUCGAGAUGCGCCUGGCUGCUGCUAGAACCAUGCAAGCUAGGAGCCAGGGCUUAUCUCCGAGUGAUUCGGGUAGUGACCAGGGAAGCACCAGGGCUAGAUUGUUUUUUGUCAUGGGCAUUGUGACCACGUUUGCUAAUCGCAAGCGGAGAGACUCCAUCCGGCAGACAUGGCUGCCACAAGGCGAGCAUUUGCAAAGGCUGGAGAAGGAGAAGGGCGUUGUUAUCCGUUUUGUUAUCGGGCGCAGUGCAAAUCCAAGUCCUGACAGUGAAGUGGAGCGUGCCAUUGCUGCAGAAGAUAAAGAAUACAAUGAUAUUUUGAGACUUGAUCAUGUUGAACGAAAUGGCAGUCUUCCUUUGAAGAUUCAGAUGUUUCUGUCAACCGCUCUUUCCAUUUGGGAUGCUGAUUUCUAUGUGAAAGUUGAUGACGAUGUUCAUGUCAACAUAGGUAUUACCAGGUCGAUUUUGGCACGGCACAGAUCAAAACCUCGGGUGUACAUUGGCUGCAUGAAAUCUGGACCUGUUGUUGAUAAAAAUGAAUCUAAGUAUUAUGAACCAGAUCAUUGGAAAUUUGGGACUGAGGGUAACAACUACUUUAGGCAUGCAACACGACAAUUGUAUGCUGUAACCAGAGAUUUAGCAACCUACAUAUCAGCAAAUCGGCAUAUCUUGCACAAAUAUUCAAACGAAGACGUGUCAUUUGGUUCUUGGUUGAUUGGAUUGGAUGUUGAGCAUGUGGAUGAGAGAAGCCUUUGCUGUGGCACUCCCCCAGACUGCGAAUGGAAGGCGCAGGCUGGGAACCCGUGCGCAGCGUCAUUCGACUGGAACUGCACCGGCAUCUGCAAUCCGGUGGAGAGGAUGGAGGAGGUGCACCGGCGAUGCUGGGAAGGUCAUGUGGCCGAUUUGCAGGCACAGUUUUGACAACCAAUGGGUGGUAGUUCAGGCAUCCUCAUAGUAUUGUUUUCUCUGAACCCAACAUGUAAAUUGCUCGGGAGAACGAAAUUGUUAUGCAAUGCAGUGGUUAGUUUUUUCAGGUGCGCCCUGUGGUUGGCAUCUUUUCCUGGCUAGUUUGCAAUGCAUUGGUUGAAACUUAAAAUGGGAGGAAAAGAAAAAAAAAGAUAAAUGUAAAAAUAUGUCCAAAUGCCUGAUAUUCAUGUAUACAAUCCAAGGCAUCAUUUGAAACA